AUGGUAAAAGACUGUACAUUUUGCUCUAUUCCAGUGCCUGAUGACCUCUCCAUAGAAGAAAGAGAAGAGCUUUUAAAUAUCCGUCGCAGGAAAAAAGAACUGAUCGAUGAUAUUGAGAGAUUAAAAUUUGAAAUUGCUGAGGUUAUGACAGAAAUUGAUAAUCUGACUAGUGUGGAAGAAAGCAAAACUACACAAAGAAAUAAGCAAAUAGCCAUGGGAAGGAAGAAAUUCAACAUGGACCCUAAGAAGGGAAUACAGUUUCUGAUAGAAAAUGACCUCCUGCAGAACACUGCAGAAGACAUUGCACAGUUCCUUUAUAAAGGAGAAGGAUUAAAUAAAACGGUAAUUGGAGAUUACCUCGGUGAAAGAGAUGAAUUUAAUAUUAAAGUUCUUCAGGCUUUUGUUGAACUCCAUGAGUUCGCUGAUCUCAAUCUUGUACAAGCCUUAAGGCAGUUUCUGUGGAGCUUCAGACUCCCAGGAGAGGCUCAAAAAAUUGAUCGUAUGAUGGAAGCUUUUGCUUCACGCUAUUGCCUUUGUAACCCAGGAGUCUUCCAGUCUACAGAUACAUGCUACGUGCUAUCAUUUGCGAUCAUUAUGUUAAAUACCAGUCUGCACAACCACAAUGUAAGAGAUAAACCAACAGUAGAGAGGUUUAUUUCUAUGAAUCGUGGAAUUAAUGAAGGUGGAGACCUUCCAGAAGAAUUGCUACGGAAUUUAUACGAAAGUAUUAAGAAUGAGCCGUUUAAAAUUCCAGAGGAUGAUGGAAAUGAUCUAACGCAUACAUUUUUUAAUCCAGAUAGAGAAGGUUGGCUGCUGAAAUUAGGAGGGGGAAGAGUAAAAACGUGGAAGCGGAGAUGGUUUAUUCUGACUGAUAAUUGCCUGUAUUACUUUGAAUACACAACAGACAAAGAACCUAGAGGAAUUAUUCCAUUAGAAAAUCUUAGCAUAAGAGAAGUUGAAGACCCUAGAAAACCGAACUGUUUUGAGCUGUAUAACCCGAGUCAUAAAGGUCAAGUAAUUAAAGCGUGUAAAACUGAAGCUGAUGGUAGAGUGGUGGAGGGCAACCAUGUGGUGUAUAGAAUAUCUGCUCCCACCCCAGAAGAAAAGGAAGAGUGGAUUAAAUCUAUCAAAGCAAGUAUCAGCAGGGAUCCCUUUUACGAUAUGCUGGCAACAAGGAAACGAAGAAUUGCAAAUAAGAAAUAG